AUCCGCGAGAAGACGAGGGAACCUACGAUCGAAUUUAUGAUGAUCAAUCAGUGGCAAUCGAUGAUGGACAACCUGAGUGACAUUUAUUAUCUCGUGCGGUUGAUAAUCCGUCAAGUUUCCAUAUACUUACGAGAUGUGAUUCUCUAUAAAGUCUUCUGGAUGGCAACAAACGACAACUUCGAUUCUUCGGAUACGAAACUUCGUAUCACAUUGAGGAAUAUUACGACAGAUGUCGUAGCUUUUUCAGUCAUCUGUGCCGUUCUUUUUCUCCUCGUGGUUCUCGCGUCCAAGUAUGAAAAGGAUGAAAACCAACUUUUUACACCUGUGGGAAUAGAAACAGUCACAGUAGAUCACCCACAGGAUCCAUUCUGCGUUUCAAACACGAAUUCCAAUACGACAAACUGUUCCCACGCUUGUGGCGAUUCGAUAUUACCGCGCAGACGAAUUUCAAAGAAAAAUUUCUCCGAGGAAGACAUAAUCAGGGUUCAUUCCUGUAGCGAGAAAAGAACCAUAAGGAUUCCAAAGAAAUCGAUUUUUGGCCUAACCAUGAGCCAACCACAAAAUUGCCAAAGUACCCAAACCACUCGCGAAAUAUUCCAUAAAAACAACAAAAAAUGGUUGAUUAGACGGACAAGAAGCGGCCAUAUUUAUGGAAAAUAUCCUGUAUAGCUAGAAUUACAAUAAUUUUUGAAAUUUUCAUUCAUCUACCUCAAGAAUGCACAGAAAACUUGGACAACGUGAAAAAAAAUCAAAUGAAUUUAAUUAUUCAUAAAAAUUUGCAUCCGAAUGUUGAAACCAAAUGCACAACUAAUCAUAAAGAUAGUGAAUAUCGUUGUUACUGUUAUGUGCCUCAACUGUUUAACAUUCCAGACAAUUAACGAUGGUUUAAGAUUAUCACAAGAGCGCAGGUAAUGAAUCAUUUCUCAAGAAUCAAUUUUCGACGUGAGCUUUGAAACAAAUGAUUAAGCAUGAAUACUUCUAUGUUUAUUAAUACCCAUCGCAGAUCACUGUUUGCCAUUUUUGUUUCUCUCUCGCUCUUCUUUCUGUUUCUUUCUUUUUUUUUUUUAAUUUAUUUAAGCUACGUUAAUUGAUUUAUCUCACGAGACAAUUUUCAUUUUUUCAGAGAUAUAUCGUUUUACAAAGAUUUUUGAAAUUUUAUUUUUAAAAUGUUAAUAUUGUCUAAGUGUACAAGUUUGUAAAACGUAUUUUAUUCUGAGGAAACUUCUGUAAUUGGUUUUUGUAAGGAUGAAUUGUUAUUUACAUGAAUUUUAUACAUUGCUUCGUAUAAAAUUUUAUUUACAUUCUUGAGAUUUUAUUUCUUUCAUCGUUUAAUUUGUUACUAUUGUAUAACGUGACGUUUGUAUAUGCAGUGUUUGUUGUACGAAUAAAUAUCGUUUGAUUUUCUA